AUGGGUCGCGAAGAACAGGCGGAAGAGAAGGAGACCUUACAAUCUAUAUUCCCCGACGAGUUGACAGAUGUCUCUGAGAACACAUACCGCAUCUCUAUACUUCUCGAUGUCACCUCUCACGAUGACGAGGAUUUCGAGCCUCCAACACUCAUCCUACAGGUGACUUAUCCAGAAGACUAUCCGGACGUAGCGCCUCGACUCGAACUAUCCGCCCCUCCCAAUGCGCCCAAACACCCCCACCUCGAUAUCCAAGAAGAUAGGGAACGGCUAUUAGAGUCCCUGGAGCCUACGAUUGAAGAGAACUUGGGGAUAGCCAUGGUGUUCUCGCUGGUGGACACUCUAAAAGAAGGAGCAGAACUCCUCAUAUCAGAACGCCAGGCGGCUGUUCAGGCCCUAAAGGACAUUGAAGCAGCAAAGGCAGACGAGGAGGAGAACCGGAAGUUCCAGGGUACGCGAGUGACGCGGGAGACAUUCCUUGAGUGGAGGGAGAAAUUCCGUGCCGAGAUGAAGGAGAUCGAGGACAGGCGGCAGGAAGAAAGGGAGGCCGAAGAGAAGAAAAAGAAGGGUUCGAGUAAAGAGCCGAAGAAGUUUACGGGGAGACAGCUGUGGGAGAAGGGAAUGGCCGGAAAGGGAGACUAUGAGGAUGAUAUGGAAGAUUCGAUACCCGAAAAGCUGGAGAAGGUCGAGUUGACAGCAUGA